AUGGAUUGGAAGAAGUUUUACAACACCCCUCUGGGCGAACAAAAAUCAUCUCCCAAUCCAUCAUCGGUCGUUAACUUGCUCAAGUUAUACAGGGACUACGUGUACUCUCGCCCUAAAAAGAAAGACGACGAAUCUGAAAACGAUGCAGGUUUCACGCCUAAUUUGCUCAAAAAACCACCCGAAUCCUUUGUAAUAAAUGAAAUGAGGAAAGAUCUGGACAAGUGGGACAACGAAAAGGACGAUAUACUCGAGAUCAUCGAUAUGCAUUUCGGCAAGAGACGCGAUUCCAUCAAAAAAGGUGGAAAAAAACACACACAAAGCACAAAUAACGAGUAUGUGGACCCUGAAAGGGGUUCAGAUAAACUUGAUAUCGUAAUGUCCACCGAAACCGAAAUAUUGGUUAGUUGCCUGGACAACCAGUCCUUUUACGAAAGGGCGACGGAAGAAGAUCAAAAAACAUUCAUCGAAAAUGCAGCUAAAUUGUUGACCAAAGCAGGUCUUGACCAAACGGACUUUUUGACGCUGUUGCUGGACAUUGGAAGGCUGGCGAGCAACAAGAGUCCGAACUUUCUGGCGAGAUACUUCAGGCUAUCGCUGAGCCAUAUGCACAGGCACUCAUGGACGAGCCUGCACCUGUCGAUACUCAACUCGAGGGGCGUGUUCGUUAACUCGCUGGUGUUCAACAAUAACAUGUCGACGUUCGAGAUCAUGAAGUCGCUGGUGAAGUGCGCAAACUUGAUGUACCCGCCGGAGACCGCGGCGCCCGGGCGAGGGCCGGCGAAGAGAAGUAGAGAGUACUACUUCUUUCUGGCGUACCUGCUCUUCAGGACGGGCUCGGCGCAGUGCCUGACGUCGCUGGCGAAGGACAAGGAGGCGAACCUGGCAUCACACAAGCUGGACCACACGCAGUUCCCGCCGCUCUUCGCAGAGUUGUGUGAGCUCCUGAGAGACAUCCUGCUGGACAAGCAGAACGUUAACAGGCACGAUCUGGCCGACGAUUUCGCAGCAGAGUACCUGCCGACGGAGACGGGGAACUACUACUCGCGGGUCAAGGGCGCAAAUUUCUACUCGAGGCUGCUGCUGAGCAUCGUGUACCCGGAGAUCUACACGCACCGCGAGGCGAACAAGCUGGCGACGAAGGAGGACUACCUGUGGUACAAGAUCCACAACGUCCUGGCUUGCACAGGAACGACGCAGAGGCAGGAGGCGUACAGGCUCUGCUGCGACCUGGAGGAGGAGGUCGGCCAGGUGUCGCUCAACGACCCGGAGUACCUCAACAAGAUGCUCAUGUACGCAUACUUCAUAGCGCUCGCGGGAGGAGUGAUGGAGUCGCUGAGGCUGCUGCUGCAGUUCGUGAGGAACCGCCAGGUGCAGUCGCUCGCGGGGGUCUUUCUGGUCUACUUCGAGAACUGCCAGCUCUUCGAAUUCCAGGACCUGAGGUACAUAGCGCACAACCUGUGGAAGGUAGACCCGGCUCCGAGCCAUUCUGAGGAGCCGGCGUACCUGGUUCGCACGCUCUUGGACAGGAAGAGGAAGGUGACUGCGGAGUUGAAGAUACUGCUGGCAACACUGCUCCCGGCGCCGAGGAACAUGGUUGCAGUCAAGUACGCAGUGUCGGAGAACUUCAGCGAGGCGGUGCAGCCGUACUUCCUAGGGCCGCCGACGACGAAGAACGGAAUGAUCAUGGUAGGGCCGCUGCUGCAGAAGUUGAUUAACCUGUCGCUGAAGAGGAACUCGGCCAAGUAUGCAAUUCUAUUGCUGGCGCAGUACUCGGCGGAGGUGGGCCUGAAGAUCUCGUCGUUCAAGUGCUUUUACUGCAUCCAGGACGUGGAAAACUGCGCGGGUAAGUUUUCGCAAUCACAAACGAGUGCAGCCAUCUUGGAGUCGUGUUGCUGCAACCUGUUCACCAAGGGCCUUUCUGACGAUGAAACAGCAUUGGACAUUCGGGACAUGGUGGUGUACUAUACUCUUUUGAAGAAUCUCGGUCCGAGUAACAAGCACGUUAACGACUUGAGGGAGACAUUCAACUGCUUGCAACUUUGCGUUCUCGUUCACGAGGGGCGCUGUAUGGAGGCAAUCACCUUCUGCAGGAAGAACAAGAUACUGGAAAACGUAAUGGAAGUACUGAGGAAUGAAUCGCAUCAAAUUUACUUUAACGCAUUAUACAGCUACAUUAAUGCAAUCAGGUUGAUGAUCGCCAACGGAAAACAGCCCUCGGAGCUUUUGAACCCAGCAGAAGCAAGCAACCUGUUUGACAUGUUGGACUCGGCGUACCGUAACAGGAACACGGACAGCAAAAAGGCGCUCGACGGAGUGCACCAUCUCUUAACAUUCGUGUCUGUGGCUCCGCCAAGAUAA